AUGCGUUGGAAAAUUGAGGAAAUAAAGGACUUUCUGCUCACAGCCUGGCAAAAGGAUGCCAAAUCUGUGAAGAUCAAGAAGAAGAAGGAUAAUGUGAAGUUCAAGGUUCGCUGCAGCAGGUACUUCUACGCCCUGGUCAUCACAGACAAGGAGAAGGCAGAGAAGCUGAAGCAGUCCCUGCCCCCUAGUUUGGCAGUGAAGAAGCUGAAAUGA